GUGACUGGUCUCCUCCCAGGCCUCUAGGAAGAACAGAGGACUCGGGGACCAACUAGCACCUUUUGGGGCACUCGAGCCCCAGCCACCUGCCAGACUUGCCUCAUCCUGCCCCACGCCAGGCCCCGCUGCCCGCCGCCGCAUCAGUGGAGCAGGUGGUGGAGGAGGGUGGCAACAUGGGCCUGGGCCGUGCCCUCCAUGCCCUGGGGAUGAAGACGCUGCUGCCAUGGACAGCCCAUGCCAGCCUCAGCCCCUGAGUCAGGCUCACCCGCCAUUGCCAGGGUCUGUGUCAGAGCCCACCGAGGCUGGCCGGGCCAGGAUGGGGGUGGAGAGCUACCUGCCCUGUCCCCUGCUGCCCUCCUACCACUGCCCAGAAGCACCGGGAGAGGCCUCAGCCGGCAAUGGGGCCUCCCGAACUGCUGCCGCCGCCACUACCAGCCCUCUGGGAGAGGGCUUCGGCGGUCAGGAUGGUGGUGAGCUGCGGGCGCUGCGGAGUGAGGGCGCCGCAGCUCUGGUCACUAAGGGGUGCCAGCGACUGGCAUCUCAGGGUGCCCGGCCUGAGGCCCCAAAGCGGAAAUGGGCAGAGGAUGGUGGAGAUGCCCCUGCCCCCAGCAAGCGGCCCUGGGCCAGGCAGGAGCACCGGGAGGCAGCGGAGGAAGAGGAGGAGGAGGAAGAGGAGGAGGAGGAGGAAGGUGGCCGGGCCUGUGGCAGUGGCAAUGGGGAGGCGAGAGCCAGGCUGAAAGAGGAAGCGCUGCCCACCACCCUGGAGCGCCUGGCCCUGGACUACAUCGUGCCCUGCAUGCGGUACUACGGCAUCUGCGUCAAGGACAGCUUCCUGGGAGCGGCGCUCUGUGGCCGCGUGCUGGCCGAGGUGGAGACCCUGAAGCGGGAUGGGCGCCUGUGUGAUGGGCAGCUGGUGAGCCAGCGUGCCAUCCCGCCGCGCAGCAUCCGCGGGGACCAGAUCGCCUGGGUGGAAGGCCAUGAGCCAGGCUGCCAGAGCAUCGGGGCCCUCAUGGCGCACGUGGACACGGUGAUUCGGCACUGCGCUGGGCGGCUGGGGGGCUACGUCAUCAAUGGGCGGACCAAGGCCAUGGUGGCGUGUUACCCAGGCAACGGGCUGGGGUACGUGAGGCACGUAGACAAUCCCCACGGCGACGGGCGAUGCAUCACUUGCAUCUAUUACCUGAAUCAGAACUGGGACGUCAAGGUGCACGGCGGCUUGCUUCAGAUCUUCCCCGAGGGCCGGCCUGUGGUCGCCAACAUCGAGCCGCUCUUCGACCGGCUGCUCAUUUUCUGGUCUGAUCGGCGGAACCCCCAUGAGGUGAAGCCGGCCUAUGCCACCAGGUACGCCAUCACUGUCUGGUAUUUUGAUGCCAAGGAGCGGGCAGCAGCCAAAGACAAAUACCAGCUAGCGUCAGGACAGAAGGGAGUCCAAGUGCCGGUGUCACAGCCAGCCCCGCCCACUUAGUGACCAGCCCCUCGAGCUGCAUGGACAGACCAGAGAGCCAUGCUGGGGACCGCGCCUUCCCCACCACCACUGCUGCUGCCGCCUUUGCCUCUGCCCUGGCUGGUGUGGGGACCAAGGAGGAGAGCCUCUCUACCCUGUGAUGGGCUUUUGGCCUGGGCUCCUGACCUGGGGGUCCCAUCACCGGAGCUGGGGGUAGGCCUGUGCCCUGCUCUGGCGGUGUGGAGCACCGGAAUCGGGCAGUGCCAUUUGCUGCCAGAAUGCCCGAUUUGGGGUGGGGCAAGUCAUGGCCUCUUGCUGACAAAGGAUUGUGGGGAGCCGGGGGUGUGCGUGCACCCCAACCCUCCCUCCCUCCCUCCCUCCAGCCUGGAAUGUGAAGUGACUCCCCCACCCCUUGGGCUAGGGCACCUUUCCGAGGGGGGGGCUACCGCUGCCUGGGUAGAGGAAGAGGGCCCUGAAGGAGCAUGAGUGUAGAGAUUCAGCCAAGAAAGAAAUAAAAGUUUACCUCAGCUGCA